AUCUGAAGACCAACAAAAACCCUUGGGUUUGUUCGAUACUGAGAGAGAGAACGUAACACAGAGAUCUUAGUGAAAAUGGAGAUCAAUAAGCUCUCGAUCUCAUUCAUUUUGAUAAUUCUAACCUCACUUGUAUUUCCAUUUCUGUCCCUGUCAUUCUCGCCGGAAUCUCCGUCAGAUCGCCGAGUUUUAGUAUUACUCGACGAUUUUUCUCUCAAAUCGUCACACUCCAUUUAUUUCAACUCAUUGAAAUCUCGCGGCUUCGACCUCGAUUUCAAGCUCGCCGACGAUCCGAAGCUAGCUGUUCAACGCUACGGCCAGUACUUGUACGAUGGCAUGAUCGUCUUUUCACCUUCGACCGAGAGGUUUGGAGGUGCAUUAGAUUUAGCGGCGGUUAUUGACUUUGUUGACGCGGGACAUGACUUGAUAAUUGCUGCUGAUUCGUCAGCUUCUGAUUUGAUUAGAAGUAUUGCCACGGAAUGUGGCGUUGAUUUUGAUGAUGAUUCGACAGCUGUGGUUGUUGAUCAUCAAAGCUAUGCUGUUUCGGAGAUUAGCGGCGAUCAUACAUUGAUUGCUGCUAGUGAUUUUAUUGAAUCUGAUGUUAUACUAGGGAAGUCUAAAAUCGAGGCUCCUGUGCUUUUUAAAGGUAUUGCGCACUCUGCUAAUGCAGCUAAUAACCUGGCUUUUCAAGUGCUUUCAGCUUCUCCUUCAGCUUAUUCAGCUAACCCUAGUUCAAAGUUAUCAAGUCCUCCGUCACUUACUGGGAAGUCCAUUUCCUUAGUUUCAGUAAUGCAGGCCAGAAACAAUGCUCGCAUUAUGAUCACUGGAUCUUUAGAUAUGCUUAGUAACCGGUUGUUCAAAUCAGGUGUGCAGAGUGCUAGGAACCACAUAAAAUUUGAGAAAUCUGGCAAUGAACAGUUUGUGACUGCACUUAGUGAAUGGAUCUUUCAUGAAAGGGGUCAUCUAAAGGCUGUCAAUCUUAGACACAACAAAGUUGGGGAAACUGGCGAACCUGCAAUAUACCGAAUCAAAGAUGAUUUGGACUUCUAUGUUGAGCUAUAUGAAUGGUCAGGAAAGAGCUGGGAACCCUAUGUGGCCAAUGAUGUUCAGGUUCAAUUCUAUAUGAUGAGUCCUUAUGUGUUGAAAACCCUCUCAACUGACCAGAAGGGUCUGUACAAGACAUCAUUCAAGGUGCCUGAUGUUUAUGGAGUUUUCCAAUUUAAGGUUGAAUAUCAGAAGCUUGGAUACACUACCUUGUCACUUUCCAAACAGAUUCCUGUUCGGCCUUUCAAACACAAUGAAUAUGAGAGAUUCAUUAUAACUGCCUAUCCAUACUAUGGAGCAUCUUUUGCAACGAUGGCUGGCUUCUUUAUCUUCAGUUUUGUCUACCUCUACAACAAGUAAAUUACUGCUAGUUAUAGUAGAGAGGAUUGAAUUUUAACAGCUUCUUUCAAGCCUCUCGGAAAAAAAUUGAGGUCCUGUGACCUGUCUACUAAAUUUUCACCUCAAGAUUGUUUAGAAGUUAAAUUUAUUGUACUGAAGAGCAUAUCAGGAUCUUCAUUCCAGCUGUAGUAAUGUAAUGCUUGCGGGAGCACGUAGGAUUGCGGGUUCACAAGUCAAUUAGGUCUUUUGGCACGACUAGGCAAUGGAUCUGAAGGACUGAAUCCGGUUAAUGAUUUAAUUUUGCAUUUGCUUUUACUUUUCUUAACCUUCUUGCCUAGAAUUAUUCAGUUUCAUGUGGAAGGAUUAUUAAACAUCCUUUACCAAAGGCCUUACUCUAUAUGCUAAUUUCUCAUUGAA